AUGCUCUCACACCGCGCCAAGCGAAGUCUGUCCUGGCUUUCAGGCCAUCCCUCUGCUGAGCCAGGCUAUCCAAAUGGUGUACUGGAAAUGGACAAGGCUGAAAAUUGGCUUGUCCGGCCAGACGUACUUCCCAUCAUCAAAGACGCAGUCUCAUCGAAUCUGAAAUACCAGCAUCUCUCAUACUCCCAAGAGCUAGGUGGCCCUCCGGAGCUUUUGCAUAUUUCAGCAUCAUUUUUCAAUCGCUUCUUCUCUCCUCAAGUUGCCGUUUUACCCGAGCACAUCGUUACGGGCACAGGGUGCGCAUCUAUUCUCGAGAGUCUUAUCUUUUCAAUUUGUGAUGCGGGAGACGCUUUACUUCUGGAGGCACCCAUGUGGGAUGGGUUCGCGGUCACGUCAACGCUGAGAAACAAUGUGCGAAUAAUUCCCGUGAAAUACUCGAGACGGCCUACAAAUGUAGCAGACUUUAUACGGCACUAUAAUGAUGCGAUGGAACAAGCAACAUGUCCAAUUCGGGGCAUCAUCGUUUGCAAUCCCCACAAUCCUCUUGGUCAGAUUUAUCCUACUCCAUGGUUGGAAGCGCUCCUUCAAUUUUGCGAGAAUCAUAAGAUUCAUUUUAUAUCCGAUGAGAUAUACGCUCUUUCGAAUUUUGGUGCGAUUCGGGCCAGUCAGAAUGUCAGCAAACCCAGCAUCGUGAUUGGGCCAGAAACAACAUUCACAUCGGUACUGGCGGUGGACCUGAAGCGACUAGAGAUCAAUCCCGCUCGCGUUCAUGUAGCUUACAGUAUCAGCAAGGAUCUUGGUAGCAGCGGGGUCCGGCUGGGUUAUCUCGUUACGCAGUCAAAUCCUGGGAUUCGCCUUGCACUCGCGGUCCUCAACAGAUUCAAGGUGUCUAAUAUAGCAUCGAUAGCCGUUGCUGCUCUCCUUUCCAAUCUUCAGACGCUCGAAAAUGUACUGAACCGAAGCAAAUCUUCCCUGCGCAUGGCUGCGGAGGUGGUACAUGAUUUCCUGUCAUUCCAUCAGGUUUCAUUUUAUUCCCCAGUUGCGGGAUGCUUCAUGUGGGCGCGUAUUGGAGGGGAACUAGCAACAGAGGAAACAGAUGCAGAGCUAAUGGAAAAAUUAGCAGCGGCACGAGUGGCCGUUGCUUCUGGCUCCCAAUACAAUGGAGAACCGGGCUGGUUCAGACUCACGUUUGCUCUACCGCGAAAGGAUUUGAUGGAAGGACUGCGUCGAAUUGAAAUUGCGAUGGAAGCAAAACGACAUUGGAAGCCUGAGGAAAACCAACUGUGA